AUGCGCCGAGAAUGCGUUGAAUUGAUUCCACAUCGACGAAUUUUGGCUUCGGGAAUGAAUUCGACCGUGCUGCUCUUUCUUCUGACUGCGUUCAUUUUGGAAAUCGUGCUUGGCCAACAAGGACCGGUGUUCGUUCUCGAGCCACCAAGUACUCUGGUCUUUUCCAAUACCACGGGCUCCCAGUUAAGCUGCUCUGCCCAUGGGAGUCCGACGCCCCACGUCACCUGGAUAAUUAGUCCAGAUCAGAGAUCAGUCACCGCCGUUCCGGGACUAAGGCAAUUACUCGGGAAUGGGACACUCUACUUUCCACCCUUUCUCGCGCAGGAUUUUCGCGCUGAGGUCCACAACGCGAGAUACAGAUGCAGGGCGACCAGUUCUGUGGGAACGGUCCUCUCUCGGGAGGUCACACUUCGAGCCGUGCUGACGGUGCCCGGAUACGACGUAACGGUGAAUAGAUCAUCGGUGGAGGAGGGGUGCAACGCGGUUUUGUCUUGCACCGCCCAGGAAGAUGUCAAAGAACACUUAACAGUCACUUCCUGGUUCCGCGAUGACGCCAUUCUCUUGCCAGGAAGCACGGAUACGGGUGGGAGGUUCGUGGUCACAUCCCAAGGCGACCUCCACAUCAGAGCCGCCAGACAGGAGGACGGCAAGGCGACGUACUCGUGCUUGACUCUUCACGCGUUGACCGGUGAAAGAAGAAAAAGCGAACCUGCUACGUUGACAGUAACAGAACCAAGUAGACAUAUGCCGCCGAGACUGAUGCAGAGGUCCCAGAUCGCCAUUUCUGCCGAAAGCGGCUCGGACGUUCACCUGACCUGCUCUGCGCAAGGAAACCCGCCCCCGCAAUUUACCUGGUAUCGCGAUGUUAACGGACACUCGAUACCCGUGGAAUCAUUUAGCCAACGGAUUCAACUCUGGGGCGAUUUGAUGCAAAUUCGUCGCGUGGAUGCGCAGGACGCAGGCAGAUAUAUUUGCCGGGCCAGCAACCAGGUGGGCGAGCAACGGGCGGAAACACACCUGUCGGUCACGUCAAAACUUAAUGCACGGAUACAGCCCCGUGUUCAGACCAUCAAUUCCGGAGAGUCCGCCACUAUGAAUUGCACGGUGGAGGGUUAUCCGGUCGAGAGCGUCGAGUGGUUGCACGAUGGUGUGCCAGUAUUGACCGCUCAGGACACAAGGAUCAGAUUGCUGGCUCCUCUGGUACUCGUGAUAGGCUCGAUCGGUCGAAAGGACAAGGGGAUGUAUCAGUGUCUAGUCAGAAGCGACAAGGAGAACGCUCAAGCCACAGCCGAAUUGAAACUUGGAGAUACUGUGCCAGAACUGCAAUACACGUUCAUCGAACAGGCCCUACGACCAGGACCUCCAGUGUCUUUGCGAUGCUCUGCAACAGGAUCUCCACCCCCAUCAUUCACAUGGCUCCUAGACGGAGAACCUCUGAGCGAAAUCGCUGCUGGGCACAGGUGCGAAUCGGGAUGAUCGAUCAAUAUUCCACUUCUUAACCACAAACAAUGUCCACCCAGGUACGCGAUAGGACAGUACGUCGAUCAGUCCGGGGAUGUGAUGAGUCAUUUGAACAUAUCAUCAGCCGCGGCUGAAGACGGCGGCCUCUACGCCUGCGUCGCGUUCAACAACUUGGCUACGGUUGAACACAAAGCCAGAUUGAAUAUUUAUGGUCCGCCGUAUAUCCGAUCUAUAGGACCAGUCCGAGCUAUAGCCGGUGUCGAUACCACCAUAACCUGUCCUUACUCGGGUUACCCCAUCACAUCCGUCGAGUGGUCCCGCGGCGGUGUUAAACUGCUUCUCGACAUACAGCACCGUGUCGACAAGGAGGGCCGUCUUACCAUUGCCAACGUGGACCCAAACGACGCUGGCACUUACACUUGCAUGGUGCGGGCAAGAUCAGGUGAAACGGCCAGCAGAGAUAUCAGACUCACAGUCAGCAGUCCCCCAAUUAUGAGUCCCUUCAAUUUUCCUCUGAACCUCCAGGAAGGCAGUCGUGCUCAGGUCACCUGCAGCGUCACUUCCGGUGAUCUUCCCAUCGGUUUCUCUUGGCUCAAAGAUGGCGAAAAGUUGCCCUCCUCUCUACGUAUCGAAGAGAGGGCGGCAGAAUUCUUCAGCGUGCUAGUGUUUAAGGAACUGUCCUCGCGUCACAGCGGCAAGUAUACUUGCGUAGCAACCAACAGCGCCGCCAGGGUGAACCACACGGCUGAGCUUCUAGUCAAAGUGCCGCCGCAAUGGAUCUUCGAGCCCCAAGACGUGUCCACCCUUCUUGGGAACCCGUUGAUCGUUUAUUGCGAAGCGAAAGGUUUUCCACCGCCACGGGUCACGUGGCUACGUGCCAGGGGCCGAACUUCCAAUGACUAUAAACCCCUGCCCGACGGUUCUGACGGUACGCUAACCAUAUUACCGAACGGAUCACUGUGGACUGCCUCCGCCGGACCCCAGGACGAGCGUCACUACCUCUGUCGUGCCAAUAAUGGGAUUGGAUCCGGCCUCAGCAAGGUGAUCUACGUGUCCGUUCAUGAACCGGCCAGAUUCGAGUUCCAAAGCAAAAAUGUAACCAUCCGACGGGGCGAGUCUGUGACCUUGGAUUGCACUGUGAUUGGCGACAACCCUAUAAAAGUGCAAUGGAUACACAACAGCGAUCGUAUAGACACGAACAGUCAUCGAUUGAGCAUAAGUCAAAUAAAAACAGACAGUGGCCUUAGAUCUCAAUUAUCUAUAGGGAGCAGUGAUCGUCAGGAUUCUGGGCUUUAUCGGUGUACAGCUGACAACGCUUAUGGGAGGAGUGAACAUCUCAUUUAUCUGGCGGUUCAAGAGAGGCCAGAUUCACCGGCUUCGCUGGAAGUCAUAGAAAUUGGCUCGCGAUCGAUACGAUUGCUGUGGAGAAGAGCCUUUGAUGGAAACAGCCCGAUACGGAAUUACGUUAUUCAGUAUCGGUCCCUGAAUCAUGGUUUGACGGACGAUUGGAAUCUCGCAAAAACGCACAAUGUCACCUAUACACCGGGAAACUCCAACACUGGCAAUACGAUCCACUCGACGCAGAACGGCUUGUCCCCUUUCGAGACGACUAGCGAAGACCAGGAAGUGGCUCUGGUGGGCGAACUUCAUCCCGCCGUGACUUAUACGUUCCGCAUAUUCGCUAUAAAUUCGAUCGACGUGAGUGCACCCACGGAAGCCGUGGUGGCAAAAACCCAAGAGGAAGCACCUACUGAACCGCCACAAAAUAUUAAAGUGCAAUCGGCUGGGCCCGGAGAACUGAUGGUUAGUUGGCAGGCACCGCCGAAGGAAUCUUGCAACGGGGACCUGUUAGGCUACAUAGUAACAUGGUCCGAGCAUUCAUCUUCGACGUCGGGCGUGAACCAAAGCAAAAGUUUAACCGUAACCGGGUGGGCGACCACGAAGGUGCAACUUACUGGCCUUAGAAAGUUCACCAAGUACGAUAUAUCGAUCAGAGCUUUCAACAGUAUAGCGAGCGGCCCGGCAAGUGUUCCCAUUGUCGGGACCACGCAAGAAGGAGUGCCAGAAACCCCGCCAACUCAUGUAGCCUGCGUUCCUGCGUCAUCCCAAAGCGUGAAAGUGUCCUGGAGCGCUCCUCCGCCCCACCAACAUGGCGGAAUCAUUCAGGGUUACAAAGUAUAUUACAGACCAGUUCCUACUGACAACAUGGACAUAUCGACGGUAGGUGAAGUGAAGAAGACUUCUAGCGUGGAGACUUAUCUGCACACCCUGUACAAGUACACAAACUACUCGAUCAGGGUACUGGCUUACACAGGCGCAGGUGAUGGAGUCCUAAGUCCCCCAAUUUUUUGCACAACAGUAGAGGAUGUCCCUGGUCCACCAGCUGGCAUCAAAGCCUUAGCAUUAACUGCGGAGAGUAUAUUAGUUUCGUGGUUACCACCCCUGCAGCCGAAUGGGAACGUCUCCAAGUACACGGUUUACAGCAGGGAAACUGGCUCUAGCAACCGCAACACACGCACCAUGCACGAGCCACCGUCGUCGCCGACCGACACCCUCACCAUGGAACUUCGAGGUCUCGUAGAGAGACAACAGUACGAGUUCUGGGUGUCCGCAACGACUGGUCCAGGCGAAGGCGAGCCGACCACUAUAGUGACGCAAACUACAAAUACUAGAGCUCCAGCGCGAGUGGCGUCUUUUUCACAAUUACUUAGAAGAGCGAUCAAGUCAUCGAUCACCUUGUCGUGUUUGGUUGUCGGGAAUCCCACGCCACGACCAAUAUGGAAAUUUCGGGACAGUCAGGUCUCCACUGGCCGUCAUUACGAGCUGACCGCCGACGGUCAUCUUAACAUUCGCGGAUUAGAAGAGUCAGUUGCUGGAAACUACACGUGCUCGGCUAGAAAUCUCUAUGGUGAUGAUUCUAUCACUUACACGGUGGUCGUAGUGAUGCCGCCGAGAGCACCCAUGCUUGAACUACAGUAUACUACAACGAAUAGCGUAAGGCUUCAAUGGAAUCGUCCAAAUAAUGGCGGUGCUACAAUUCAAGGGUAUGUGCUAAGUUACAAAAGGGACCAAGGUGACUGGGAGGAAAUCGCAUUAUCGCCAGAACAAACGGAGUUCAUUUUGUCCGGGUUAAAAUGUGGUUCCUCUUACUUGGCGUACUUGACUGCACACAAUCGCGUGGGCACGGGAGAUCCGAGUCCCAGGAUAAGCGCGACGACACAAGGAACUGCUCCUUUGCUACCAAAAGACCGGGACAUCAUUUCAGCGAACGGUACAUCCGUAAAGUUGAACCUGUUGUCCUGGCCCAAUGGCGGUUGUUCAAUUCAAUACUACACGGUGGAGUAUAGAAGACGAAUUAGCACCGAACCGUGGAUACUCGUGGAGAAACGUGCCACGGAGAAUUUGAUUAUACGGGACUUGAAGACCGCCUCGUGGUAUUCUUUGCGUUUGACGGCCCAUAACGACGCUGGGUCGACGCAAACUCAAAUGGAGUUCGCGACGACCACCCUUAGCGGAGUCAGUAUAGGCCCUCCGAAUGAUUUGAUCAUGGAGGACGAUGUGAAGAAGGCUAUACCCAAUCAGAAAGUCCUCUACGUCAUCGUACCUCUUGUCUGCGCCAUUGUGCUCAUCGUCUCGGCCGCUAUUUUAGGAUUUGUAUUGCUGAAGCGCAGUGGAAGAGGAAAUUAUUUGGGCGAGAUACUCCCUGGGCAACAACCGAAUCAGCAGACAGGUUUGGGGCUGGUUCAACAACAACAGCAUCAACAACAUCAUCAUUUGUCUAGUUGCAUGUCUACUGUGCAAUUAAAGUCUACGGCAGAACGCGAUAACAGAAGGAAUCAUCAGGUGUACACUAGCUCACCGGUAAAACAGGAUAAUCACAAGCCAAACGACCAUGGAUCAGAAAUGUACGAAAUAAGUCCGUAUGCUACAUUCAGCGUUCCCGGUAGAGAAAAUCGCUCGGUGACAACAGCCACGCUAGACUAUACUAUGCAAUUCAAAACAUUCGGGCAUUUGGAGAACGAAGAUAUCAAUACUAUCGAUUACGAGAGGUCCAGCGUGGACUUCGAAAGGUCCAAAACGCAAAGAUGGCACAAACAACGAUACUUCCCGAGCAUCACGGAAGCUGAAAGCAAGCUGCGCUCCAGCCGGCAGGGUUCCGGAAGUGACACGUCUGGAAGCCCUUGCGGAGAGUGCGCGGGACCUAGUUACAGAGUGCCGGUGAAACCUUGCAGAGAUGUGUUUUCACGAGGAGUGGAAUCGAGCACAGAGUCCAACAACGAAGGUUCACCAUCACUUGCGAGACGACGAAGCCGACAACCGAGCCGGUCUACUCGCAGUUCGGUGGAGGACAUGACGUUGUUGCCGCCAAGCGGGUUUAGCGACAGCCGCGAAUUGAGCGACGUAGAAUGUGAUCGUGAUCGUGAUCGAGAUCGUGACCGUGACCGUGAUCGUGAUCGCGACUGGCAAGGUCUGUCAGCCGGGACCCGCCACGGCGGCAGCUUGGGUAGACUGCCGAUCGAGGCCGUCGAAUCUAUGCUCGCUAGGUACCAGCAAAGGAAGGAACAAGAGAGACAAGAGUUCACUAUACACGUAUGA